GCCCGGAACUAAGUUGUUUGUUCCUACCCGAGUCACAAAGCGUGGUGCACCUUCAAUGCUAGUUGUUUUGGAAUUUUCGUGACAUUUCUGUUGGUUCCCGUUUCUGUCAACGGAUUGAUGCUGGCGAGCAAAGAUGCUGCUGAAAGAUCUCCCCAGAGAGGCCCUGAUGCGGCCCUUGUCCAGGAAUGAAGUGGUGGGCAUGUUUCUGAGGUUGACCAUCUUUGGUGCAGCGACCUACUACAGCAUCAAAUGGGUGUUAGAAGCGAUGGACCCUACCUCCAAACAGAAAAACCAAGCCAAGAAAAGGGCAGAGCAGCUGAUGAAGAGGAUUGGUGUUGAGGGGGUCAAGCUCACAGAGUACGAGAUGAACAUUGCAUCCCAGCUAGUUGAUCCGCAAACUAUGAAGGUGUCCUGGAGAGAUAUAGCCGGUCUGGAUGAAGUUAUAAAUGAGCUGCAAGACACGGUCAUCCUGCCCUUUCAGAAAAGACACCUUUUAACUGCAUCCAAACUCUUUCAGCCUCCCAAAGGUGUUUUAUUGUUUGGUCCUCCGGGAUGUGGGAAGACAAUGAUCGCUAAGGCAACAGCCAAAGCCUCGGGCUGCAAGUUUAUCAACCUUCAGGCCUCCACGCUGACAGACAUGUGGUACGGUGAAUCACAGAAGCUAACUGCUGCCGUCUUCUCAUUGGCUGUCAAACUCCAACCCUGCAUCGUCUUCAUCGAUGAGAUUGAGUCAUUUCUGAGGAACCGCUCCAGUCUGGACCAUGAGGCCACAGCCAUGAUGAAGGCCCAGUUCAUGAGCCUGUGGGACGGCCUGGAUACUUCCUCAACCACGCAGGUGAUGGUGAUGGGAGCAACUAACAGGCCGCAGGAUGUGGAUCCAGCCAUUCUGCGCAGGAUGCCCACCACUUUUCAUGUUGGCCUGCCAAACACAAGACAAAGACAGGACAUCUUGAGGCUGAUUUUAGCUGGAGAAAACCUGAGCAAUGCCAUUAAUCUGAAGGAGAUCGCUGAGAAGACAGAGGGUUACUCUGGCAGUGACCUCCGGGAGCUUUGCCGCGAUGCUGCCAUGUACCGAGUCCGGGACUACGUCCGCAAGGAGCAGAUGAGGCAGAUCGCUCAGCAGCUACAGGACUGCCAGGAGGAGGAAAAACCUGUGGACGAGGAGCGGUUGCGGCCGGUCACCCAGCUGGACCUCCUCUUCGGCCUGGACAAGAUGAAGGAAUCUAAGCAGGCCACAGCCUUCAUGUUACCCACUGUGGCGGAGGUUCCCCUGGACUAACCCCCAACACAGCACCACCGAAGGGAAAUGUUUUCUUCUCGCCAUGCAGUGUUUGCAGCGUGUUCCAACUCCCCAAGCAGAGGCUCCUCCUUCAUGUCAGAGGUGCAGUUGGGAAAAGCCAACAAGCAGUUUGACUUUGUAUUUGUCCAGGCAAGAGUUGUUCCUGAGCAUGCUUAUUUUCAGCACAACCCUGCUACAUGUGUACAGUUAUAAUACAUUCAGAAAUCUAAUAUCUCCUGCAAGCCACUGACCGGCUCUAGUGGAGAGAUUUAGAGUUCAUGUCUUGCUCAAGGGUGACUUAAAAGUUAGUUAGCAAGAGGAGAAAGCAUUUUUUCAUAACCUGUAGGGAUCUGUCUGUUAGGUUAGUGCUAGUAAUACUACAAACUACUCUACUACACCACUAUAAGAUCCAUAUACCGUCCCUCCACGGACAUACACAUAAUUGAGACCAGCAGGGAUGAAGCAGGAUGAUGACUCAUGAUUCAUGAGUCAUUCAAAGUCUGGACUCCAUCCAGUAAUCCUUAAAUCAAAUAUAUUUCUUUUUUGGGCAAACACAUGUUUGAAUAACAAAGACUUUAAAGUGGUAUCAGCUGAGAUCAGCUGAUCCAGUGCUCCCAACUCACAUUACACUAUAUUCUCUGUAAAUGUUAUGUGAUAGCAAAUUACUUAUUCAUUUAUUUCAUUAAUAUCACUUUUUUAAAUAACAAGGGAAAGAAAUUUCUUUUAAAUAUUCGGGAAUAUCAGUAUUCAGGCAAAGUAUUUAUUGUAUGCCUUUUUAAAUGUCGGUUUUAAGUUGAAUUAUUCAGAAACAACCUCCAUCUCUUACCCCUAACCUGCUUAGAUCAAAGUCUUUUCAAAAAGCUGACAAGAACAUUGGAUGUCACCACUAUUUUCUUUCCAUGAUUAUUCACAUAGUUGAUCAACAACAUGUGUUUGUUUGAUUGCAUAUCUGCUUUAUGCAUUUAGCCAGCGUGGGGUUGUAACAGAAAACUGUAGUAAUGUGAUACUCAGCGAGUUACUGCUCCCAAGGAGUACAAAUGUAUGUAUAUAUAAAUAUUUCUUUUGAAAUUACAGCAACAUGUAACAGGUAAAUGUAUGUUUGUAGUCAUGAAGUGAGCACUGCUGUAGCUGCACAAUAUGUAUGUGACAAUGAUGAGGAAGAGAAGAGCAAACUGAUUCACACCUGUCAUUCCACUGGAAAAAAAUUUGAGACCCGAUGUCAAAGGUUCAAACUUCCUCACUUCUAAGGACUUCAGAUUAUUUCAAUUACUGAUAAAAACCACGGUGUAAGCUUUAAAUGGGAUGUUCCUAAAGCAAGGCACCCUUUUCCAGAGCUGUCAGAUAACAGGACAACCACUUAAGUGUCAAGUAGAGAUGGGAUCAUUAUUUAAGCCCUGUAAUAGGAACUACAGCUUUAAUGGUCACAGCCAGGGGCAGCCAUAAAAGACACUCUUAUAACCCAUUAUCUCAAUAAUCAUUAUCCUUCUGCUCAAUGGCCGUAAAACUGUACUUACCUGUUGUAUCACUGGUGUAUCAUAGGAAUUGUGCUGUGUGCAUGUCUGUAAAUAUGGAAGCACAACGCUGGGUUUGAGUUGAGGCCGUUUUUAUUCUGAUCUUUUCAUGCCAUUUUCUGAGCAUCGAUCAACGACUGGCAGCAGCGUCUGUCGCUGCAACACACAUCGUUUCUGUGUCAGUUCACUUUUAUUCUCACGUUAAGGAGAGCGUGGCUUUAAAAUUGUAACCCUUUCAAUCAGCUGUCAGUCUGAAGUUGUUGCGAAAUGCUUUUCUGCCUCCCCUCUGUAUGAAAAGCCUCAUUAUUUGCCACAUGGUCUCAGCAUGUGUUCAUGGAUCUGUUCGUGGGUCUCGUACAGACCUUUCUCCCACGCAGUAUGAGCAACGCAGGGCAUAUCUUUCAUUGAACCAUGACCACGUGGUGGCACUGUAGCUUCUUACUGAGGCGGGCUGGGAUAUGGACUGCUCACAUGUAGAGCAGUUUUAUGGCAUUAUGGUGAGACAAUGAAAUAGAGAACCCUGCUAACUGGAUUGUUCCUGCCCUAUUGGUUUUUUCAUUGUUGCUCUUAGUUAGAGUACCUCAGGUGACAGUUAAAGGUCAAAAUGUUGCCAUGUAAACCAAUAAUUGUGGCACUGCAGCUCACAGGUCUUAGUAUCCUUUCUGGGAAAAAGGUAACGACUGUGUAAAUGUAACAGGACUCAUUCAUCUGUAAUGUGGCAAGAGACUUAUUCUAUGGAUACAGAGUGUCCAUAUACAGUUACUGUUAAUGAUACCUUCAACUACGUGUAUGUGCUGAAUAUAUGUUAACUGUACUGUAAGGUGUAUUUAUUAAACGCCACUGAAGAAAAUAUUUAUCUUUUUUCAACCA